GUUAAUUAUAUGGUAUAAAGUGACUUAAGAUAUCACCCAGAUGAAGCUAAGGUUUUAUUGCAAUUGAAUCUAAAAGAUUCAUUUAUUAUGAAGAAAUAUUAAAGCGCAGGUCUUGAAAUAAAAUUAUUUUGCUUUAUGAAGAAACACAAGAAACCCGAAAUUGAAACAAGAUGGAAAAUGAGUGAGUUAAAAUUGGUAAAAGACCAUAUAAUUGAUGAUAAAGACGGCGGGCAGCUGUGUAUAAAACAAAAAAGUGUAUUGAGUCCAAUGCUGGCAUACUUAAUAAAAACGAGCAGAUUAAUGUAUAAUAUGCGGUUUUGUUCGCCCGGAAUAAAAAAUAAUAAGCCAGUGCAGGAAAAUACACCCUUUUAUAUGUCUUUAGAUUCUUUUUAUCAUGGGAAAGAUGCGCCAGAUUUUUUAACAAAUCAGGAUAGUAAGUUUUUAUAUAUAAAAGAAUAUCACACAGUCCUUUUGCAGCUGUUUCCAUCAUUGGAUGGCCAUCUAUCCAUAUUCACGCAUAAAGAAGACUCGUUUUAUAUGCUAAUUAGUAGCAAAUUAACGUCAGAGCAAAGGUAUAAACUUUUUGCAUCUUUAUUACUGCUUUCUGAGGGAAUAGAAGUGCCGUUGAUAUUUGAAUAUGUCAAAGACCAAGUAAAUCUGAUUUUAAAAAGACUUGAUACCGGCGGCGAGCACUUUAGAAUUAACAUGAGUAUAUUAGAAGACAGCUCUGGAAAGCGCCCAGGUAAUAAAGAGAACUGUAAAAAAGCAACAAAAUAUGAAGAGGCAAUGAAUGUAAUUAAUUUUUUUAUAAAGAAUAAAAACAAUACAAUCCUACAAUUUAAAGGGCUUAUACGGCCAAGGAUGGGAGCAAUUAUACCAGAAUUUAAUUUUGAUACAGGUGAUUUUUUGAGCAGUCCAAAAUUUCUUAUACAUACAUACAUCUAUGAAUAUAUUACCACAGCCCAAGAUGCUAUUUGUUUUUGCCAUGCAACGUUUGCCCUUCUAUGUGAGUAUAUAGAGAAUAUAGAAUACACUUAUGAUAACCAUGCUAAAAAUGUGUUUUGUGAGUAUUUUAUUCUAGCUAGACUUCGAAAUAAUGAGCGCAACUAUUUUGGCUAUUUAUGCCAAAUCAAUAAAGUGAUUAGAAAAAACAAGACGCUCCCUUUUUCAGAGAGCCUGCAUCCACAAGCAAUCAAGAGUCCAAAAUGCCAUAUCAGAAGUUUAAAAAGUUUAAGGCGCAUAGUAUUGGACUCUCUUGAUAUAAAUGUAAAAGAAAGUAUGCCUUUUAAUCUGAACUCUGCUGUUUAUAGGCUUCCUGAGUUUAUUAAUAGCACAGAGACAAUUAUACUUUCGCUAUUUUGCUGCUUUGCAUAUGAUCAGAAUAGGCAGAUCUAUACAACAAAACACAUGAAGCACGCGUCUUCUGACCUAAAGAGCUUUUUUGAUAAGUAUAAGUACAUGUUUGAGAGAACAUCUUAUGCAGUGCACUCUGAUUGGAAUAAAGUAGUUGCAGAUCUAAACAACAAAGACAUAUUCUAUAUCAGACCAAAUAGAAACCAAAUAGAGCCAGGCCUAUUAAAUAUUCUCCGAGUCAUUACAGAGAUUGCUGGUAUAUAUAAGCAAGAAAAGAAAAAAAUAGAUGCGCUACAAAAAUGGGCAGAAAGUAGGGGGAAAGACUAUAGCCAGAAACUAUGCGAACGCGUGCUUGGUUACAUACAGAAUUUGUUCAAAGCACUCUCAGUAAAUAAAAACAUAACUCUGCCAAGCGCAUGUAUAACAUACUGCAGCGUAAAAGAAAACCGAUGUGAUAUGUUUGGGUUUAUACGAAUAGGAUAUAAAUAUAAUGAGAUUUAUAAAACCCUAAGAAUUAUUGUUCAGAUGCCAUACAUUCAGUGCAUAGGCACAGUCACAUCUGUGCUUUAUCAUACACAGGCAUCAUUUGAGGCAUCAGAAGACACUUCUCUAUCAAGCAAUGAUAAGAGGAUUUUAAACUCUAUUAUAUUGUUUUCUAGUUAUAAUGUAAUGUUUGAUUGUCUACUUGGCCAUUAUAGCUGCUUUGUAAUGAACCAAUGCACGCACACUACAGAGACUUUGCUUGAGCGCAUUAAAGAAUUGCCAGCAAUGAAUUUUUAUACGUAUAAAGAGAUAACCCCUAAUACAUUCCUUCUUGAUCCCCAGCUCUACGACCCUAUCUAUAGCCUAAAUCUGGCCCGGCAAUUAUUGAUACAUGCUGUGAUAUUGCGCCUAAAUUCUGGCCACUCUCUUAUUAUAUUCCUUUCGAAUCUUCUAGAAAACAUACUAUUUGGAAAUGAGCAUCUUGAACUAAGAGUAUUUACUCUUCUUAAACUAUUUGAAGAGUACAAAAGCUACCUUCCAGAUAUACAUACUAGCUACCAGACACUUAACAAAAAAAUAUUUUCAGAGUUUGAGGUAAUAGAGGUGUUCACCUAUAUAACAAACAUCGAUUUACCAUUUCUUCUUCAGAAAAUUAUAAAUGCCUAUAUAGUCAUGUGCGAAGACUGCACUCUAGGUGGAUUAAGCAUUGUUUUGUGGUAUAUCCCAUCCAAAACUCAAUUUAGACUACUUAAUUGUUUAACAAAGAGGGGUUUGAGUAUAGAAUACAUUCUUUCAAUUAUUAAUUCUGUAAAAAACUCAAAAAUGUGCUAUUUAAAGAAGGCCGAAACAGUGUGCUUUAUCAACACGUUCUUAUUGGAAGUUAUUGGUAUAGCAUGCCAAAACAAAGAUUGGUUUAAUUUUAUUAUAAAAGAUUGCUAUAAUCUAAUCAACUUUAACCAAAAUAUUAUUUUACACUGUACCUUGCCAGCCUCGUUAGAAUCCAUAUUAAACAUAGUAAAUGCGCUUAAGUCCAUGAAAGAUGACCUAUGCCGGUAUGAUAAUAAAGAAGACAAUCAAAACUUCUACCACAUACUAAACAUGUAUGAAACAAGCUUGAUUCAGAUCACAGCAAAUCUUCGAUGAUAAAUGUAAGCAUCCUGUUAAUAAAAUUCCCAAA